CUAUAGAGACCGCAGCGUUUGGAGAUGACUUGGUGUGGGACCGACAACAGUCUGACCUGCUAUUGAGUGUUUCUCGGGUUCAGGUGAGUGCGUGUCUUCUCUACCGCACUCUUUUUGCGCAGAGAAUUACACGGCGAAGGGAUAUCGCGUUGAAGGCAUGAAAAAGCAACCCUGUUCCACUUGGUCACUGUAAUACUUUGUCGCUUGUACCUACAACUCGACCCGAACGCUGGCAGUGGCUGCACUGCACAUUGCUCCACGUUUCGCGUCCUGGACCACAGAGAACGCCCUUUCCACCACCGAACCCCGCGCGUGGGCUGUGGCGGCGGGAACCAUGCUGGCAUUUACCUUCACCUGUCGCGUCCUCCUCCUUGCCCUUGUGACAGAUACUGUUCAGACAGUUGACAAGUCCCAGUUCCUAAUCACAGAGAACAUGUGGCCACGAGGAUGUGUACUGGACUGCACUAGGGGGCGCCACCGAUCUGUAUGUGGCAGCAAUGGGCGUCUGUACAAGUCCCUUUGUGCGUUCCAGAGAGCCCAGUGCAUCAACACUCAGCUGAAGACUGCACCACGAGCCCACUGCAUGGAUCCAUACAGGUCCAAAUGUCAGCUGGCACGCUCGCAGGCCAUGGAGUCCAGCAUUCAUACUGACGCCAUAGCUGUCUUUGUCCCAGAAUGCAAUGUAGAUGGAAGCUUCAUGCAGGUGCAGUGUCACAACCAAACAGGCUACUGCUGGUGCUCUACUCCAGAUGGAAAGCCUGUCAGUGGAACCUCCGUCUUGCUUCUCAAACCCAACUGCACUGGUCCUCUCAUUGAGUCUGUACAGGAAGUUGAUUCAGAAUCAGAGCAGAGAGAUGGUAAUCAGUGGCGGCUGACCCCUGAUCCUGAGAGGCUGCACACCCCAUCUAUAGCAGGCAUCACUGCCCCUCCAUUCUGGGUGACGAUUCAGCUAAAUUCUGACCCAAAAGGCAAUCGCUCUGCUAAACGACCCACAGAGCCAAAGACAUGUGAACGAGAGCGAAUGGCCCUGCUGGCAGAGGUGCGUUCCAUGUGGCAGGAGGAGCGUUUUAUUCCAGAGUGUUCCACCGACGGCCGCUACAGCCCCAUCCAGUGCCACACUGCCACGGGCUACUGCUGGUGCGUACGGGUGGACACCGGUCGGCCACUUCCUGGCACCUCCACCAGAAAUCGUUUGCCAGACUGCAGUCCUGAGGAGUCUCGAUCCAGCCACACAACCAACACCUAUAGGGACAGACCUCUGCCAGGCUGCCCAGGUUCUCGUAAGGCUGUGUUUCUCCAGAGUCUGAUUCGAGCCCUGCAGCUUCAGGCACACCAGGCAGGACUGAUGCCUGCAGAGAGCGCCACCACUGUCAUCUGCUUCAGGAUGGUGGAGGAGAGCAGAACGGAGUCCCCUCCCAGCCCUGCGUCUGAGCCCGUGUCCCCCGCAGCAUCAGGACCCGGCGCUGCAGAGAGCGCCCUCCAGUGGCACUUCCUGCAGCUGGACGUGGAUGGUGACGGGGUGCUGAGCGAGCGCGAGGCCCGCCCUCUCCGUCAGUACCUGCGCAGGACACUUAAACCAAGACGCUGCGCCAAGAAGUUCACCCAGUACUGCGAUCAGGACAGAGACGGAGCGCUCAGUCUGGUGGAGCUCAACACAUGCCUCGGGCUGUGAGGGCCAGACAGGCCAGGUGAGUGAGGGCGGUGAGGAUAACGGAUGUGUGGGGUAACAAGAUGUCAGUGAGGGGGAGGAAGAGUUUGGCUUGAGGCAUGUUUCGGGUCAGUGAUGCCUGCCUAAGAUAUUUUCCCUCCCUCUGUUUUAUAUGGGGCAAAUAUCCUUCAUGGUAAUAAAGUCAUCAUCAUGUAUUCGUGUAAAUGUGUUGAAAUAAAACAAGGACCAUUGUUGAAUCUUCAGGACCCAGCUUCUUUGCCUCACAAAUGUACUCUAAAUUGCACUGAAUCAUGUGAACUCAUAAACGUGGCCGUUUUUUAAAGUCAUAUACACACACAAGGCUGAUUGAUUGAUUAAAUCAUGUGACACAAAGCUGCUGUUGCUGUAAUUGCAUUUAGAUAUGAACUGAUGGUUAGGCCCACUGCCUAAUAGCUUAUUGUGCACAUGUGGUUUCACACACUGGGGAUAAGAUAGAGAUACAGAUACUGUAGGCUUAAUAAUGAAGUUUAUGUUGCAUGUUGGCGAUCUUUAACAUUUUCUUCUAGUAUUGUCUGGCAGUCUCAGGAACAGAGAGCAUGUGUUCUCACCUCUGAAAGCACAUCUCUUACCACAAAUCUCAAGCACUAGAGCUUUUUAACUCUCUCUCUCACUCACACACACACACACACACACAAGCUCAUGCUCUCUUUAUCCGUCUAGCUCUUUCUUACUUUCAGUCUGUCUCUCCCUGUGUUUUUGUUUCCUUUCACUGGCAUUUUUCCUCACCUACUCCCUUUCACACUUGCUCUCUCAUUGCACCUCACCCUCAUUCUUCAUCCAUGCGUGUUUGCAGAGCUGAGAGGGAAAGGAAAGCUAAAAGAGGCUCUUGUUCCUUCAGCAGGUUCGCGCGGGCUGGCACACUUGGGAGCUGCUUUUCUUGGCCAGGUGACAGACUAAUUAAAAUACAGCUGUGUGUUUAUGUACAUUCAAGUUUCAAAAUAAACCCAGAGCAGAAUUGCCACCCUGUCAGCGAUCAGUCCCCCCUCUCCUGGCUCUAAUGACUCAGUCUGGGACGUGAGUGCAUCUGACAGGACUGGGAUGGGGGCAGUCUGGACAGGGGGGUGUAAUGAAGAAACCCAAACACAGAAGCUGUCUGCAUGGAUAGGCCUUGCAUGCCAGUGAGGGGAGUAGAGGCAGGGCAGGCAAAAGAGCAGGACCCAAUCAUGUGCAGUUGUUGACCUGAACACACAGAUUUGAGUACAUUGAUUACAGUUAAGAGAAUUGGGUUUACAUGAUAUGUGUGCUUUGUUGCUGUCCUCCCUUUGCAUUUUUCUUUCUCUCUGUCAUAGCUUUCUUCUAGUCGCUCUGUCAUCUAUACAGCCUCCUGUAUACAAAAGCAUCAUCAUUCAGCCAUUACUAUAUUACUCAGCUUUACCAAUGAUGAUUUAUUAUGUUACAUUAACAUUGCUGUCACAAAAGUAUUUGUUUUUACCAUGAUAUGAUGAGGUUAGAGCAUGAUAUGAUGAGGUAGAUUUCCACAGAAGGGGUUUUACUAUAAUGUCUUUAACCUAACUAUAUAUAUACCAUAUCUAUGGCAACAGAGAUGUUUGCAAGAACCAGGAUUCAUGAAAUCUCAUUAAAGCAACACCAAAGA